GGCACAGUCCGCACUUGCGGGCUUGCUUGCGGGUGGUUGUUUGCGGAGGGGGUGACAUCCACAACAGUGCAGCAAAUCUCUUCGGUCAUUUUUUAUUUAAUUAUUAAUUGUCCCUUCUUGUUUCAGACUGAAUUUGUCAUUGACCGAACGUUUAAGGAAGCAACUGAGGAGACCUGACUGAGGAUUAUCGGCCAAGGUCCUUGUAUCGACUCGUUGAGCGUGAUUCAGCUGGUGUUUACGCAUGCUUUGAAGCAGCUGAGCGAUGGACUUUAGCGUCAAGUCUUUCAAAGGCCUUGCGGCAGAAGCCGCAACCGUGUUCACCAGAGCCGUUCAGUACACUGAGGAACGACUGGGAACAUCUGACAAAACUGAACUUGACGCACACUUUGAGACGUUGGCUCAACGUUCUGACAGAACCAAGUAUUGGACUGAAAGGCUGGUUGGUAAAACAGAAGCAGUCCUUCAACCCAAUCCAAAUGUGCGGGUAGAAGAUUACCUCUUUGAAAAACUUGACAAGAAACGAGACAGGUUAAAUAAUACAGAGCUACUGGGCCAAGACAUGAUAGAUGCUGGAACUGACUUUGGUCCUGGCACCUCUUAUGGGAGUGCCCUCAUCAAGGUUGGGCAGGCUCAACAAAAGCUGGGCCAAGCAGAGCGAGAGUUUGGCCGCCUGGUGCACACCAACUUUGUCCAGCCGCUAAGGAGGUUUCUGGAUGGAGACAUGAAAACAAUCUUGAAAGAGCGUCGGCUGCUUGAAAACAAGCGAUUGGAUCUAGAUGCUGCAAAGAACAGACUUCGUAAGGCCAAAGCGACUGAUCCAGCAGCCUCCAAAGUCAAUCCUGAAGUUCUUGAGAAAGAAAUUCAACAGGCAGAAAAGGAUGUGCGUUCCUGCCAGUCUGACUUCGACCGUCAAGCUGAGAUUACUAGGCUGCUGCUUGAAGGAAUCUCAAGCACUCACGUGAACCAUUUGCGCUGCCUUAGUGACUUUGUAGAAGCCCAAAUGUCAUACUAUGCUCAGUGUCAGCAGUACAUGGCUGACCUGCAGAAAGAACUGGCCAACAUGUCCAUUGCCGUUGGAACGGGCAGCAGUGGUGACGGCAGUCGCAGUGGCUUCCAGGGUGCUUUUUCGUCACCUACAGCUAGUGCAGGUAGUCCAUCCAAUGAUGUCAGCACAUUUAUCAACAGCAACCAGAAACGGGCACGUGUCCUUUAUGACUAUGAUGCUCAUGACAACUCCGAGUUAUCGCUGAUGGCUGAUGAAUCAAUCAUUACUGUGGAUGACACCGGCGCGAUAGUUGCGGAUGGCAGCGCAGAACUUAACGCAAUGGCUGGUGAUCAUCAUAUCCCAGACUGACAACAUGGACCCCGACUGGAUGAUUGGGGAGCGAGGCCUACAAAAGGGAAAGGUCCCAAUUGCAUACCUGGAAAUUCUCAACUGAUUAGAUAAACAUUCUUUUUUCUGUAAAAAAUUACUGUGCUUGCAUAGUUGAUACAGUCAUAACCAUAUGGCAGAUGCGUUUAUUUGCUAAGUGCUUUCCCUGUGCUACUAUGCAACACAUCUAUUCAAUCAAACUUAGGCAUGACAAUGAACGAUAAUGAUGCCUCCAAAUAGCAUGGCACUUUUAGUUCUGACGUAGGCCUCUAAGGCUUCUUGAUGCCAUUUCUACCCUGUUUUCAUAGUUCAUCGACGUUCAUGCUGGUUCUCUAUUUAGCGUGUCAACUGCUAAUACUCAUUGUUCAAUUGUCUGAUGCAUCAAUACAUAGCAGAACUCGCAA